UGAUGAUUGUUAUGAUUCUGCUGGAUGGACAGGAUCAGAAAGCUGAUGCAGUUUCUUUGAGAAUCGUUCCAAACAGAUCGCAGUUCUUUGAAUAUGAACCAGUAACAUUUUACUGUGAUGGGGUUAAUUAUUGUGAAGUUGUGCAUGAAGGGAAAGUAGACUCAUGUAGCAAAACUAAUAAGACACCAACAGGAUCAUCCUGCACCAUUAAAACUGUUUAUACAGACGACAGUGGAGAGUACUGGAGUGAGACUGAAGGAGGGAAGAGAAGCAACAUCAUCAACAUCACUGUCACUGAUGGUUCUGUGAUCCUGGAGGUUCCUGCUCUUCCUGUGAUGGAGGGACAAACUGUGACUCUUCACUGCAGAAACAAAAUCGCUUCCUCCAACCUCACAGCUGAUUUCUAUAAAGAUGGACGUCACAUCCACAGAAGCUCCACAGGAAACAUGAACAUCUACAGAGUUUUCAAGUCUGAUGAAGGACUUUACAAGUGCAGCAUCUCAGGAGCUGGAGAAUCACCAGAGAGCUGGCUGAAAGUCACAGAGACUCAGGCAGACCCCUCUUUGGACCACGGCUGUAGUAUAUACUUCAUUUUACGGAUUGUAUUCACAGUUGUGAUGGUGGCUGUGAUGUUGCUGGUGGUGGUGAGGUUCCUGCUGUUCCUGGGAGAAACUGUGACUCUUCACUGCAGAAACAAAACCUCUUCCUCCAACUUCAAAGCUGAUUUCUAUAAAGAUGGACGUCACAUCCACAGAAGCUCCACAGGAAACAUGAACAUCUACAGAGUUUCCAAGUCUGAUGAAGGACUUUACAAGUGCAGCAUCUCAGGAGCUGGAGGAUCACCAGAGAGCUGGCUGAAAGUCACAGGUGGAAUUACACCUGUAGGAGCAAAAGCCGGAACCACCACAAAGAUGUCCCCAGCCGAUCUCUAUCAGCCUAUAGCAGAGGAUCCCUUCUAUUCUGCGUUACAGUCCUCCAAAAGACGGAAUGCUUUUUCAUCUAGCGAAGAAGAUGUUGACUCUGAGAAUGAAAUACCACCUUCUCAUCCCUCUGAAUUUACUGCAACUAGAUCUACCCCAAAAGUUUAUCGCUCCGGUGUGCCCAGAAAUUCUCAAAGCCUGAGGAGCCCCAGCACAACCCCGACUCUGCGGACCCCCGGCGCAACCCCGACUCUACGGACCCCCGGCGCAACCCCGCACUUUCAGUAG